GAGAAACAUAUUUAAUUCCAGGGUUGAGAGGGCUAUAUUCGGACGACGAGUCAAUGUCGAAAUAUGCGCGACAACGGGCAAUUAUAAUGGAGGAAUACUUGAAGUGAAAAUUAUGAUGUUCUGUAAUUCUCCAUAAUGACGUCCGGGUGAGGGUUUGUGAGCUAAUCAAAAUUGGACCUAAGCAGUAACAGGAAUCAUGGUGACUAAGAAAAUCCGUACGGAGUACAUGAAGAAAUUCAAAGAGCCGAAAUGGGAGACGUUUUCCAAGUGCUACGAGGACUCGGUGAAGUACAGGUUGACCAGGCGGGUGAUGGAACACGCUCACAAACCUCUGUGGUUCUGGGAGGGGUGGGAUACCUCGACCGGGUCAGACUCCAGCGCCAGUGGGCGGUCCACCCCCAAGGUGAGGAACAAAGUCGCCCCUUUAGACAUCAAACUUCUGACACUACCAGUGAAGUCAGAAUCAAGGGAGAGCCCCGAACCGAAGCCUCCUCCUGUGAAUGGGGAACCAGAAUUGGAGGCCAAGGAGUUUACACUCUUGGAUGCACUACCACCCACAGAGUCUGUAAUAGAGAACGGGGGCCUAAACGAACCAGAUGAGGGGACAGUUAACGGGUCAGUAGUACAACAUGGUCCAGUGGCUGAAACGCCAACAGAUGAGGGACCAGCAGACGAGGCGUCAUCAGACGAGGAGCCGGUGAAGACUGAGCCUAAGCAUCGCCACCGCCAUCGUGUCCCUCGCUCAGAACCAUGUCAAAGGGACUAUUCCUGUGACGACAUCAAGCCUGCGCCCGUCAGGAAGCCCUCCAGAGCAAAGAGCCAGCCCCCAGCCAUCACCACAGAGAAGGAGAACAGACAACCUCCGCCCCGGCUCGACUGGGCAGAGAGACACGCGUCAUCUGCUAGGAGGUCUACAAAUCAGAGUCGCACAUCUGACGCAUGCGUCCAGACCAGACGGGAGUCGGAUAAACGCUGUUGGGACGUGGACCGCAGGAGGGCACGGUCCGCCGACCUGGAGAAGAUACAGCGGUCGGAGUUGGCCGUGGUGGAUGACCGUUGGAUGACCGAGUACAUGCGCUGCUUCUCUGCCCGGUUGAGGUAGAGCACAAGGAUCAUGGGUAUUCCUCCGCCACCGUCAUCCUUUCUAUUUUUAACAUCAUGUUUCCUUAUUUAGGAUUGGUUAACAGAACCAAAUAAUUGGAUUGGUUUAGACACCAAUUAGGGCCCUGAGGCCACGUAACCUGACAAGGAAGAACUCGGGGCCCUAAUCAUAAGGUAUGGUUGAUUUGUUAAGUUGAUCGCUGAGUUGACGAUAUGCCACUUUUCUUCCACAAGGGAUGGCACAAUCAUAGUAGAAUAUUGCAAGAUAUGUAGUUAUGCUUCUAUAAAUUAGACUGGUUUGUACAUGUUUAUGCUGCUGACUACAGAGUAUGAUUUAUACUGUAUUAUUAGACAUAUUAUUAGACAUUCCAAGCAUGAUGAUGGUCUUUACACUUCGCUUUAGUUUGGUGGAGUUUUGACAUUCUGUGUUGCUUAUGUCAUUUCAGGCUAUAAAAUCCAAAAGUUAGAUCAGGGGUAUUCAACCGGGAGUACUGCAGGGGGUCCGCAAUAAUAUAUAUACAAAAAGCUACAGUAGAAAAGAGGAGAAUAUUUUUCUAUUUAACUUUAUUUCUCUAUUCCUAAUAUUGAGCUAGUUACACUCAUUAGAGCUAAUUACACUCAUUGGAGCUAAUUACACUCAUUGGAGCUAAUUACACUCAUUGGAGCUAAUUACAGUCACUGGAGUAUCUGACAUACUGUAGGCAAAGCAUCCGCUGGUAAGCUUUCUUGUCUUGGACACUCGUUUUUGUGAACACAUGGCCCCAAAACAUUUUUGAAGUUACCUUUCUAGCUAAUAGGCUAUGUUAGAGUUUACACACAUUUACGGGGGGGAAAAGCAAGUGUAUGAUGGGGGUACCUGGGGAAGAAUGAUUUUUUAUUUAACUAGGCAAGUAAGUUAAGAACAAAUUGUUAUUUACAAUGACGGCCUACCCAGACAAACCCAGACGACGCCGGGCCAAUUGUGCGCCGCCCUAUGGGACUCACAGUCACGGCCGGAUGUGAUACAGCCUGAAUUUGAACCAGGGACUGUAGUGACACCUCUUGCACUGAGAUGCAGUGCCUUAGACUGCUGCGCCACUCGGGCGCAAGGUUGAAGACCCCUGAGCUAGAUGAAAGGACCAAACAAUUCUUGUUUUAAAUAUUACAGUAUUUUCGAACUACUAAAAGCCAUAGCCAAGGGGUUGUGGCAUAGAGCUGCAGAGAAAGAAAGCUGCAGAGAAAGAAACUGCUAGCGGGCUAAUAUCCUGCAUUAGCUUUAUUGUAUUAUGUUGCAAAUUUCAAUCUAAAUCUAGAAUGCAUUCCAGAGGAUUGUAUUAUUUCUAUUUCCAUUAAAGCUCUUAUCAGUAGUACCAUGGAUAUUGUUGUAAAGUUGUUGUAAAGAAAGAUACCGUUAGACAUUGUAUGACAUAGUUAUUGCGCUCACACCUGUAUGUUUUUUGCUCUUUAGAUCUUGGCUAAGCCUCGUACGAACCAUCCUGAUCCCGCGAGCUCACAUUCUGUUUCGCUAAACAAGGAUACAGAAUGUGAGCUCGCGAGAUCAGGAUGGUUCCUACGGGGCUACAUCUUGGCAGCUUCGCCCACUAUAUAUUUUACAAUCACAAAUACUCACCGCCUCACGUAUUGUAGUAGACAGGCUGAAAUUGCAAUGUAACGUGGUAAAAAAAUGCCCUUCUUGUGCUACAUUACCAAAUACACUUUUUAGAGUGUGUCACUCACCAUCACAAUUGUCUUUGACUGGUUUUCGUAGAUUUACUUAUUUGAUUGGUUAUUCAUACUGAAUUGUGAUGUCAGUACCAAGUUCUGUAUCUGUAAUUUAAAUGGAGGGCUAUUUUGACAGAAAUGAAGUGUUGUAUUUGAAAUAUUAAUUCUUGUGGGUUGUGAAUAAUGCUCAGUUUACAUACUUUUCCUAUUUUUUUUACAAUGCUUAUUGAUAGUGCUAUUCACUCAGAAUGUUUUUACGUAUAAUGUAUACUUUUACAUUUCACUUUCACCAAGUCUUAGUUUAGGAAUGGUUCCUUGAGAGAACGUUGGAAUGACGUUUCCAGAACGUCUCACCGGGAACCUUGUAGGACACCAGCAGUUUUUUGGAGUGUUGAAAUGGGUGUGGCUUUAAUUGACUUAUGCGUGUACAAUCUGAUGAGACUUCCCUCGUGUCUGUCAGAGGGGAGUUUUCAGUGUGUGUGAUUGGCUGUGGUUGUAUGGGCAGAGAGAGAGAGCUCACUGUUAAGAAGAUUAGACUGGCAUUAUCUUACGGUCAUCUUUAUUCAGAGUGGUCAAAGUUCCAUUGGUGAUCAUGUGACACUUCCCUCCUAUGUCAUCAUGGAUUGGCAAAACAACCCGAGUCAUUCUUUACUUGAACACUGCAUUAUUUAUAAGGAAUUAUAGGAUUUAAUGUCAGGUUAUGACCAAGUCAUGGAAACUGAAGAGCUGGCUGCUUAUAUCACAGACAGGUUUGACUAGUGUUUGUGUAUUCAUUGUCCUCUACAACAUUCCUUUAUGAAUAUGUUAAUUCCAAGAACCGUCUCUCAGGAAGGAAUAAGAGACACUAAUGAUUUGUCUAUAGUCUUACUGUAACUACAAUGUGAGGAAAUGUGAUGUACUGUUUCGGGGGUUUGGAACACACUGAUUCAAAAUUAAAUGGAUUGUUUUAUAUAGGAUAUUAAUUGUUUGAGCUCUCUGAACAAAGCUUUGAGUUAUUUUUAUGUAUUGAUUUGAUUUGCAUAAGAUAUUAUUUAACCAAAAGUGAUACAUGUAUCAUACAAUAGUAUAUAUAACCAUGUUUGUGUUUUAUUUCAACAGAUGUUUACAUUUUUGAUCACUGUAUUUGUAUUUGUCAACAUGCACAAUGAUAUAUAUUUUCAUCCACUUUGAAACAUUGCUGUGAAUUAAAAUCUUAUUUGAAUAUU